AUGCGCAUAGGAGGCCUCAGGCCAUGGGCGCUAGCUCUGUUCUCUUUGCCGGGUUUCAUCCUAGGAGUGCCCUCGGCCUCUCGCUGCCCCGGAGUCUGUGGGACCAGAUUCUCAGAAGACCUCACCCCCGAGGGGACCCAGACGUCUUGGGAUAAGGACAUCCCUGCGAUUAACCAAGGGCUCAUCCCAGAGGAAACCCCAGAGAGCAGCUUCCUCCUCGAGGGGGACAUCCUCCGGCCGAGCCCUUUCCGGCUGUUCUCGGCGACCAAUAACAAGUGGCCCAAGAACGGGGGCGUAGUGGAGGUCCCCUUCCUGCUCUCCAGCAAGUAUGAUAAGCCCAGCCGCCAAGUCAUCCUGGAGGCAUUUGCUGAGUUUGAACGCUUCACGUGCAUCCGGUUUGUUGCCUACAAGGGCCAGAGGGACUUCAUUUCCAUCGUCCCCAUGUCCGGGUGCUUCUCGAGCAUAGGGCGCAGUGGAGGGAUGCAGGUGGUAUCCCUGGGGCCCAGCUGUCUCCAGAGGGGCCCGGGCAUCGUCCUGCACGAGCUCAUGCACGUGCUGGGCUUCUGGCACGAGCACUCGCGAGCCGACCGGGACCGCUACAUCCGUGUGAACUGGAAGGAGAUCCUCCCAGGCUUCGAAAUGAACUUCAUCAAAUCUCGGAGCAGCAACAUGCUGGUGCCCUAUGACUACUCGUCAGUGAUGCACUAUGGGAGGCUCGCCUUCAGCCGGCGCGGGGUGCCCACCAUCACGCCGCUCUGGGCCCCCAGUGUCCAAAUUGGCCAGCGAUGGAACCUGAGCGCCUCUGACAUCACACGGGUCCUCAGGUUUUAUGACUGCAGCACGCUUGGCCAUGACCCCCGUGCAGAAGGGCUCCAGACCCACAGCGAUGGUGGGAGCCCCACUCCCGCAUCUAGACCAUACCUGCAGCAGCUCCUGAAGGCGCUGUUGGCAGAAUCCAGGGGCCCUGGCUCCGGGGUUGAAGAGAGCCCACGUGUGUGGAAGCCCCCCGCCCUGAGGAGUUCUGGUGUGGAGGCCUCUGCAAGGGCCCCCCAGCCCCCAGCUUCUUCCCUAAGGUCGAGGCCUGGAGCAGUGGUUCCUGGCAUUGCCCUGGAGCAGUCCUGGCAGGCCCAAGAGCCCGCUGUACCCCCAGACCCAUCUCUAGAAGCAGAAGACCCGCCAGCCAUCAUCUAG